CAGCACGGCUUCAGCGGCAAAGAGGCGCACUUUUUUUUCUCACAGCAGCCCCGCCAGCUGCCCGCACUUCUCUCUGGCAACCAAAGAGACCCUUUCACAGGCCGUCCUGUUUUUUCUUUUCCUUCCCCCCUCUUCUCACUUCUUACAUUCUCUUCUUCACCUUUUGUCCUCCCCUCCGCCCUCCCAACUUUUCACCUUCUCGCUGGCAGCUUGCAUAUUUUUUGGUUUUCUCUUCCAAAAGCUUGCCACUUGAUUUUCCCGGAACCGAAUACGCCGUCAAAUCGAUUCCACCGGAUUCUCUAGCAAUCAGCACCCCUCAUUUUAUAGUCAGAGCUACGCGUCUAUCAACCGCCCAACAUGUCUGAGCGAUACAUCCCCGAGCAUCGCCGCACCCAGUUCAAGGCCAAGAACACCUUCAAGCCCGAUGAGCUUCGUCGCCGCCGCGAGGAGCAGCAGGUCGAAAUCCGAAAGGCCAAGCGCGAGGAGAACUUGGCCAAGCGCCGUGGUCUGGCCACUGGAGCUGACCGCCCUGGAGCUUCCCUUGGUGCCGCCCCCGACAGCGACGAUGAGUCCACUCCCACAGAGUCCCAGCUCAGCGAGGACCUCCCCCAGAUGGUCCAGGGUGUCUUCUCCGACCAGAUUGAGGAGCAGAUCCAGUCCACAACCAAGUUCCGCAAGCUUCUCUCCAAGGAGCGCAACCCCCCGAUCGAAGAAGUCAUCAAGACUGGUGUCGUCAGCCGUUUCGUCGAAUUCCUCCGAUCCCCUCACACCCUUGUCCAGUUUGAGGCUGCUUGGGCCCUGACCAACAUUGCCUCUGGCUCUGCCACCCAGACUCAGGUCGUCAUUGAGGCCGGUGCCGUCCCCAUCUUCGUCGAGCUCCUCGCCAGCCCCGAGCCCGAUGUCCGCGAGCAGGCCGUCUGGGCCCUCGGUAACAUUGCCGGUGACAGCCCUCACUGCCGUGACUACGUCCUGAGCUGCGGUGCCCUCAAGCCCCUCCUCGACCUCCUCGGCGACAGCCGCAAGCUCUCCAUGCUCCGCAACGCCACAUGGACUCUUAGCAACUUCUGCCGUGGCAAGACCCCUCAGCCUGACUGGACCACCAUUGCCCCCGCCCUCCCCGUUCUCUCCAAGCUCGUCUACUCUCUAGAUGACGAAGUCUUGAUUGACGCCUGCUGGGCCAUUUCUUACCUCUCAGACGGUACCAACGAGAAGAUCCAGGCUGUUAUUGAGGCCGGUAUCCCCCGCAGACUUGUCGAGCUCCUCCUCCACUCCUCGACCUCUGUUCAGACACCCGCCCUCCGAUCCGUUGGUAACAUUGUUACUGGUGACGACCUCCAGACUCAGGUCAUCAUUAACUGCAGUGCCCUCUCCUGCCUGUUGUCUCUUUUGAGCUCCACCAAGGAUGGCAUCCGCAAGGAGGCCUGCUGGACCAUCUCCAACAUUACCGCCGGUAACUCUUCUCAGAUCCAGGCCGUCAUUGACGCCAACAUCAUUCCUCCUUUGAUCCACCUUCUCCAGAACGGUGAUCUCAAGACCCGUAAGGAGGCCUGCUGGGCCAUCAGCAACGCUACCAGCGGUGGUCUCCAGAAGCCUGAGCAGAUCCGCUACCUCGUCACCCAGGGUUGCAUCAAGCCCCUCUGCGACCUCCUUGUCUGCCCUGACAACAAGAUCAUCCAGGUCGCUCUUGACGGUCUUGAGAACAUUCUCAAGAUUGGUGACCUCGACAAGCAGGCUGCCGGCGAGGGUGCUGAGCCUCUCAACCAGUUCGCCCUCUUUAUUGAAGAGUGCGGUGGCAUGGAGAAGAUUCACGACUGCCAGAACAACGCCAACGAGGAUAUCUACAUGAAGGCUUACAACAUCAUCGAGAAGUACUUCUCUGAUGAAGAGGAGGCUGCCGAGGAUGCCACUGCCCCUGCUGCCGGUCCUAACGGCACCUUUGGCUUUGGCACCAACGCCCCGGCCCAGUCUGGCGGAUUCAACUUCGCUAACGGUGGUGACUCCAUGGACAUGUAAGAGGGCAGCGCAACUGUUUGUUGCCGUGCUUGCUCUGAUUGUUCCGAGCAACCCCCUCUCCUCUCCCCCCAUCCCUCCACAAAACUCGCCAAAUUUGCUUCGCCUCCGUCAACAAGCCACGACACACAACACACCCUCCCUCUCUCACCAAAUACCUCGACACAACCAUUUAUCAUUUCACGGAGUUUCUGAUUCCCUAAAUACACAAUGCGGCACCAUCCCCUCGGACACUACACAAAAAUUUACCACACCCGGACAUUAUUCACAGCACUAGCAUAUUCCCCCCCUUUUGGCCGUUCUCAGUGAGUCGGCAAUUCUGUUUUCUACAGUUUUGAUGUUUUUUCCUUCCUGUUACAUUCAGUGACCAAAACACUGUCUUUUAAUUGAUUUUUGGAGCAUGUGGGAAGGAAAAUGAAGUGUAACAGGAUAUAGAGGCCCUUUGAGAGCUUGAAAGCUCCAGCCUAAGCGAUGAUUUUAUGACAUUACACACCACGGAGGCGGUUUCCUCAUUCCCCGAUCGACCCCUAUAAUCAAAAAAGUUUCCCC